GCGGCUCAAGUAAAAAUCGAUAAUCCUGCGGCAAUGUGACUGCAUGGGAUUGUCGCAGCUUUAUUUGUAAAUAACUCGCCGUGUGAACAUGCAGUACUCUACUAAAUACGCCUUUUUGAAUAUCUGGUCUUGCGCACUUUUUGUACUUUUUAUACUGAUGCACACAACACCCAAUGUGGUGCGAUGCGAGGCUGCCAGCUUCAAUUUCAUCGAGUUCGCAUACAAAGAGACUUCAAAAAAUGAAAUGACAUAUCAGGAAUUUGAGCAAGCGUGUCAACAGAGUUCUGAAUGCCAGAAUUCGUUAGGCGUCUCCUUGGAGCACUGUGUGCGAAAAUGCAUUUCCCCCUCUUGUUACGAAGACUUGUACAGAUUUGAUGAGUUGGAGGAAGGAGAAAUCGACGUCAGGCUGAAUUCCUUCAAGGGAUGUUUCAUCCAGAGGCUCAACAGACAACGAUCCUAAACUACAUAUUAACGAGAUUGGCACUAAUCCUAUAAUGGUCUAAAAUGAUAUAGUGAUGUAUCCGUGCUUGCACUUAGCUCAAUCAUAGCCACUUAUAAACAUGGGGUGAGAAUAAAAAGGCGAGUUCUUUUUUUUGCA